AUGUAUGGUGAGAUCUUGUCACCCAAUUAUCCUCAGGUGUAUCCCAAUGAUGUGCAGGUAUCUUGGGAAAUCGAGGUCCCUUCAGGAUAUGGCAUUCGCCUUUAUUUCACACAUAUGGAUCUUGAACCAUCACAGAACUGCGAAUACGACUUUGUGAAGAUCCUGGUUGCUGGCCAUGUUGAAGGCAUGCUUUGUGGGCAGAAGAAACCUCGUGCCCCUGGCUCCUCAAUUGUGGAGGAAUUUCAUGUCCCCUAUAACGCCCUCACUAUGAGGUUCCAAUCAGACUUUUCCAAUGAGGAGCAUUUCACCGGUUUUGCGGCCUACUAUGUUGCAGUGGACUUGGAUGAGUGCAUGGAUUUUGUGGAGGAACCUUGCAGUCAUUACUGUAAUAAUUAUAUUGGAGGUUACUUCUGUACCUGUCCACCAGACUAUUUCCUCUAUGAGGAUAAGAAAACAUGUGGAGUGAACUGCAGUGGAAGUGUCUUCACUGAGCCAUCAGGGGAGAUUGCCAGUCCCAACUAUCCCAACCAGUACCCAGAGAACUCGCGGUGUGAGUACCGAGUGGCUCUGAGGCCAGGCUACUUCGUGGCGUUGACCAUACGCAGCGAGGACUUUGAUGUGGAACCAGCCGACUCAAAAGGGAGUUGCCACGACAGCUUAACACUUGUCUCUGGAAAGCAGCGUUUUGGUCCCUAUUGUGGCAGCAAAUUCCCAGGUCCUCCUGAAAUCAAAACUAGGAACAACGUUCUUGAUAUAAUCUUCCAGACAGACCGCGCAGUACAGCACAAGGGCUGGAAAAUACGCUACUAUGGGGAUCCUGUAACCUGUCCCCCGAGUGUCAUCCCCAACUCUGUUCUUGACCCAAAGAAGGACAAGUAUAUCUUCGAGGACAAUGUGAAGGUGACCUGUGUAGAAGGCUACGAAAUUGUGACGCAACGAGACAGCAUCAUGAGUUUUCACUCCAGCUGUCAGGACAACGGUGAAUGGAGCAACUCCCAUUUCAGCUGUGUUCCUGUGAACUGUGGUGUUCCCAUUCCUAUUGCCAAUGCCCAAGCCAUAUACGUCUCUGAACUUCAUCAGCCUCUGUACAAAGCUGCUUUCCGGUAUCAAUGUGAUGCACCUUACUAUACCCUAAAAAACAAAGGGGAUGCGGUGUAUCAGUGCUCAGCCAGUGGAGAAUGGGUCAACGAAGAGAUGGGAACAAAGCUACCAAAAUGCAUCCCAGUCUGUGGAGUGCCUAGUAAUCCCAUCCGAGAGAAAGCAAAGAUUUUUGGAGGCACCCUUGCAGAAAAGGGCAACUUUCCUUGGCAGGUGUAUUUCGAUUACCCAAGAGGAAGUGGCGUACUCAUCGCUGAAAGAUGGGUAAUGACUGCAGCUCAUGUGCUGGAAGGAUACGACAAGCCCAACAUGUAUGCUGGAGUAAUCAAUGUUGGUAGAGAAUCUCUGUACUGGGAGGCCAAGCACCUGGUCGCAGAGGCUUCAUUCAUCCAUCCUGGUUGGAAGAAGCAGCCUAUAGAAACCAGGACCGAUUUUGAUAAUGAUAUUGCACUUCUGAAGCUGAGGGAUCCUGUGAAGAUGGGCCCAAACAUCUCAUCCCUCUGUCUGCCUAGUAAAUCACCUGAGUAUGAGCUGCAAGAAGGGACUCUGGGCUACAUUGCCGGCUGGGGCCAGAGAGAGAAAGGAAGACUGCCUAUUUAUCUUUGGAAGGCCCAGAUUCCCGUGGUGGACAUGGAUAAGUGCCGAUCUGUGAAACCAGAGGGCUCUGCUGAUUCCAGUGCUUACAGAUUCACUGACAAUAUGAUCUGUGCUGGUGGUGACAAGGACAGCUGUAAGGGGGAUAGUGGAGGAGCCUACGCUAUCCCAGAUCCUCUUGACGACAGACGGUACUAUGUGGCCGGGCUGAUCUCCUGGGGACCAAGAUGUGGUACCUUUGGUCUUUACACCAAAGUAGCACGUUAUUUGGACUGGAUUACAGAGACCAUGAGCAAGCAUGAGGAUGAAGAAGCUUGGCAGGAUUAG